GAAAACAAUCGUAAGUCACCUCCCUAUCUAAACUGCUGUGACAGCAGUGUGGUUUGUGGUCGGUUUCAUCCCCAUCCCCAUAUCGCCUUCUAUAAAACAGAUCUGACUUUGCAGAGAUGAUCACACGUGAAGCCAUGCUACGAGUUUUCUUGACCGCCAUCACCAUCAUCUGCCUCAGACUGGCAGGUGUCUCUGGAGUCAACAUCAUUGAUGGGACAGUUGCCGUACCCCACAGCCGGCCUUACAUAGCAUUUUUGAUCAUAACUAAAGAGAGACAAUUAGAAAUGUGUGGAGGGUUCCUCAUUUACCCUAACGUCAUCCUGACGGCAGCUCACUGCAAAGGAAAGGCCAUCACUGUGAUUCUGGGGGCUCAUUACCAUUCAAAAAAUGAGAAGUCCCAGCAGAGAAUACCAGUUCAGAAAAUGAUUACUCAUGAAGCAUAUAAUGACAUGACCUUGGAAAAUGACAUCAUGAUUCUGAAGCUGCAGUUCAAUGCUACAAUCACAAAAGAAGUGAAAACAAUCCGACUGCCAAGCGAAGACGACCACUUUGGGCCUGGCACCACCUGCUUGGUGGCAGGAUGGGGACUUACAAGCUUUCCAGGAAAUUCCAGCAAUGUUCUGAGAGAGGUGGCUGUGAAGAUCAAGGAACACUGUAACUCUGCUUCAGAGAUCUGUGCACGAGGUAUCGACAAAAAGGGGACUUGUUAUGGAGACUCAGGAGGCCCACUAGUUUGUCCAGGAAGAAACAACAUUCCUACCGCAGUGGGAAUUGUGUCUUAUAUGAAUCGUGAAAACUGUGAAGAUUCUCAUGGGAGUGACAUGUAUGUAAAUGUGCCUGCAUACCUCAAAUGGAUCAAAAGUAAAAUUGGUGUUAGCUGCUCUGGUUAAUUUCUCUUCCAAAGCGAAGAUGAGACAACAACUGCUCCACUAAGCCAGAUAAAGUCUUGAGCAGCACCAUAUAUUACAUUGCCAUGCACACGCAGAUUUAGGUGACACAAAAAAUGUAGGAUGUCUUCGCCUCUGUUUCCAUAACCAGAACCUCCAGUACAUGUGACUGCUUACCUGCUUCAAUAAAUAUUUCAGU